UGCGCAGAAGAGACACCGACUGGGAAGCAGCUGGUGUUGUUUGGGUCCGGCGCUCUUCCGCAGAGACCAUUGGUAAAAGGACCUUGAGCCUGUGAGGCGAAGGGAUGGGGGUGGAGGGUGUUUAGAAGUUGGAUUGUUCAUUUAUUUGUUUUGAAAAAUCAUCUGUCAAGAUCUUUUCAUGGUGACCAGCAAAAUGCAGACUGUUCUGACAACAUUUCUCAGUUGUAAAAUUUAAUGAAAGGAGCACCGUAUUAUAUGCUUCCAUGAAGCUCAGUAGCUGCCUGUUGACUUUCUUCCUCAAUUCUAGUGUUUUUGCACUAGAAAAUGUGGCCCCCAACCUGACACUUUCGUCUGGCUCAAGGUCCCUGCCUCUCAACACAUCAUUGUUGCCCAUUUUGCAAGCCUUGACAAGAUCAACAGAACCUCUGGAUAUCAUAGUGAAAGAGGGCAACUGUGCUUUCCUUGAAUGUAAGCUGAACAUUAGCCAGCAUGAUGCCAUUCUUUGGUAUAAUUCAAAAUGGCAUCUGCUUGAAACCAGUGGAGAAGGUGGAAGAUGGUUGACCUCUGAAAGUGCCCUUAAUAUUACUAGAGUAACUUUUGGUGACCGGGGACGAUACACUUGUGUUGCCACUAAUGGAAAUGGCACUUCUUAUUACUCCAUCACCCUUAGGGUGGUCUCCACCUCUGGGGACAUGGGCAUUUACUACAUGAUUGUCUGCUUGGUUGCCUUCACUAUCAUCAUGAUCUUAAAUAUAACACGCCUGUGCAUGAUGAGCAGUCACCUCCGCAAGACAGAGAAGGCCAUCAAUGAGUUCUUCAGAACAGAAGGGGCUGAGAAAUUGCAGAAGGCCUUUGAAAUCGCUAAACGGAUUCCUAUCAUCACUUCUGCCAAAACGCUAGAGCUGGCCAAAGUAACUCAGUUCAAGACAAUGGAAUUUGCUCGUUACAUUGAAGAGCUUGCCAGAAGCAUCCCUCUUCCACCACUGAUCCUUAACUGUAGGGCCUUUAUGGAAGAGAUCUUUGAAGCAGUGCACAUUGAUGACCCUGAUGAAGUGGGAGAGGGAGUCAAACAGACCCAGGCCCUUAGUGCCCAAGAGAGACUUUACUCCUUGAAUCCAGAAAUGAAGCGGAGCAAUUCGCCGGCAGGGGAUUCGGAUGAUGGCUCUGUGAAUGACCAUGGGAAAGAAAUAGCUGUGGAGGUAUCUGUCCACCUUCAGUCAGAAGCCCAAAGCAUUGACACUGUUUCCAGAGACAGCAUCCCUUCCAUACCUUCUGAAGAUGAUGCAAGCACUGAGUCUAAAUAGAGCAACAGAAACGGAGGAAUAAAGGCUGUAUUGAAUUUUCUGUAAGCUGAGAGGCAGGAAAAGAAGAAAUGCAGCCAUAGUCACAAAUGCACAGGCCUCUAUUAUUUUUUAACUUCUUCAGAGACUGAGGUGCCAAUACAGCAAGCAUUUUUCUCAUUGUGUAUGUCAAAAGUUUAUAAUCCAUUUUUGAAAAGUGGCUUAGAUGAAGCUCUUUUAAAAUUCACUUCAGUAGAGAUUAAAUAGACCUAUUAUCAGAAGUAUUUUACAGAGGGUAAACCCUAUUCUAGUAGGUGGUACAUACUUACAGACAAAAAGAGUACACCAACGUGAACUGUUUUUGUUGUAUCUGCAGGGAAGCCUAAAUUCCUGAAUGUAUCCAGUGAUGACUUUGUGGUGUUUGCUGGCAUCAUUUGCUAGGCCAUGGAAGACUGCAGCCUAUCUGAAGUUGUCAAGAGAGUUGAUAAGUUAAAAUAAAGACUAUAGCAAGAGGACAGGAGUCAGUAAAAUAACAAGAGCUAUACAGUGCAAUCCUUUAACUAUGAAAUGGAAAUGCAAAAUUGGUUAUUUUAACAUGCUGUUAAGUAGUUCAGCAGAGUGCUUUCUCUCAUUUUUCAAGUGAAACUCAUCCCAUCAGCAUUACAAGUACUUUCUUUCCUCUGGGAUUAACAGGGCUGAAAUGCCGAAGUGCUUUGGUGCCAUCAGUACUGCUGUGGUGAAGGCAACAUCUGUGUAAAUGAAAAUCUCAAAGUGCAUUUAAAAGAAGAAGAAAAAACAACCUUUCACUUCCCCAAAAGUGUGUUUGUAAGCAAUGUUAGCAAAGGAGGCCAAUGUAUAGAGAUACCAUCACUAGUUAUUAACACAACAGAUCUUCUAAUGUGUGUGUUUAAUGAAGAACGGCUGAAGAAGCUUAUUUUGUGUGAAUAGUUUCGGCAUACAAUUGGAAAAACAGAUUGUAGGUAUCUGUUACAAACAUCUGCCAUGCAAUAUUUUGUUUAGCCCUUAAAUCUGGUGUAUGCUUUAAAGCAGUGGUUCCCAAUAUGUGGGUCCCCAGAUGUUUUGGCCUUCACCUCCCAGAAAUCCUAACAGCUGGUAAACUGGCUGGGAUUUCUGGGAGUUGUAGGCCAAAACACCUGGGGGCCCACAGGUUGAGAACAACUGCUUUAAAGAAUCUGAUACCAGGUUGAGUGAUAUCCCUCUAAGGCUGAUAUACAAUUGCCUUUGGGGGAUGGGGGGCAGCUGAUAGUGUGACAGAUUAUUCCUCAGGUGAGGAUUAUUACACUUCAAUGUUCUAUGUUUUUUUUGAAAAAAUUACAGAUGCAGCAGGAAAAUUCUAGCCUUGUCCAUGGUUGUCUAAUCUGGGUUGCUGUCUUAUCUAGAGUUGUUGGUGGGGUUUUUUUAAAAUUGCUUAGGAAAGUCAACCAUUACAUUGCUUCACUGUUCAGUUAGGUUUUUUAGAUGGGAAGCACUACAGCCACAGUGCUCAUUCUCCAGAGAAUAACAUGUAACCACGAGGAUAGCAAAGAACCUGUUAUAGUUAUUUUUACUCUUUUAAAUCUAUAUAUUACCUUUCUCCCAGGGCAGCUUUUAAAAAUGAAUACAUAGAAAAGUGUACAAAAUGUUUCAUUCUAUCCUAUCAAUAGAAUGAAAAGCAAUUCAAUAGCAUCUCCAUUAAAAUAGCAAGCCUAAAUACUAUGUAGACACCUGAUCCUGUCUGAUUUAGAAAGCGUAGCAGGUUAGUCUUGGUUAAUAGUUGGGAAAAAAGGAGUCCAGAUGCUGUAAGAAGGCAACAACCUCUGAAUAUACCUUGCCAAGAAAAACUAAGGAUGGGAUUGCCAUAUGUUGGAGAUAAUAUUUAAGCACGUAGCAACAAUAAAAGUGGACUUUUUAGCCCAUUAUUAAAUCCUCUUCAACAACCAGUUUCCAGAGGUCUAGCGAAAUGAAAAGACUUACCAGGAGAAUACAAGAGAGAGAGCCUCUCUGGCCACUUUAAGAAAAGAAUUCUGCAGCCUUUUAAACAUAGGUGACCUUUCCACAAUGGAUUCCCCCACUUUGAAUAUUGAAAUGAUGAAGUGCGUUUUACCAUCUCAUUCUGGUGGAUAUAGACUAUUCAGCAUGUUACUGGCGUAUAACAGGAUGCCAGUCUAUCCCCAUGCAGGUAUAGUUGCCAAAAGCCACAGUAAAGUAGUGGCAUAGUAACUGUCUCCAGUGUUAUUAACUGGGCCAAUUAAUAUUGAGUAGAAUGUAAAAAAUUGACUGCCUCAGAGGAAGUGAACACAUCUGAUUCUGAGUUUCAUUUCUAGGAAGGAUGUUCCCUGUCUCAAUGUGGCCUAUGACUAUCUUACUUUCACACUGCCAAAGGCUAAACCAAUGUCAGCCUAAUGUUAAGACAUGAAAAUGCUUGUUAGCUGUUCCUCCCAAGUUUCCUGACAAAUCAGUGCCGACUCCUGCUUUCACUAUUUGGUGCUUUUUUUUUAAUUUUACAUGUUGAAAGUGUAUUAUUGUAUUUGCAUUUUAUGUUUAGUUCAGGUUCAAUAUAUAUAUAAGGCUUUUUUGCAUUCUGCAAAUUACUUCUUUCAGAUUACUGAAGCAAUGUCAUAACUUCAACAGCAUGUCAACAAGAGCUCCACUUAAUUUCCAACUGCUCUCCUGCCAUUUUACUCAUGGAAUGCCCAUUUGAGCUCCAGUCACUGAAGGAAAAUAGGCACUCUUUUCAAGCAGAUUAAUGUUACAUUUAUAGCAGUAGUAGAAGUGGAUGACAAAUAGCAACAGUAAUGAUACCUUAGAGAUUGGAGGCUCUGGCAAUGACACCUUGCUGUGCAACAGACAGUUUGAAUAAUAUCCAGCUCAUAGUAGCUUGAAUUUGUUUGCAUGAAGAGAUUUAUGCAUCUCCAUUUUUCAUAAAAUAGAAAUGAUAAAAAGUGAUAACAUGGCAGGAGGGGUACUUCCAAAAGGCAAUGCUGUAUAUUUCUUAGGAACUUGAAUUGUCAGCUUCCGACCCCAAGAUGUAGCAUUCCGCUUUCAUUGCUACAGGCAAUAAAACGUUAUAUAGAAACAAUAACUCAUGGCUAAUGCUCCAGUCACGUAUUUUCCUAAACUUUGUUGCUGUGAAUCCCAGUUGGAGCAUAUGGCUUAUUGCUGUGUCCAGUUAAGAUAUGUUGGUCAUGCAUAAUGUCUUACUACCAUAGCAUUUUUCAAGAAAACAGGCACAGUAGCCAUGUAGGCCACAUUCAGUUCUGUUCCUAUGGUGCACCUAUUUUCUACAAAGAAAGAAACUGCAUAUAGAAAGAAACUAUGUAUUAGAAAGAUAAAAUCCAUAUAAUGGUUUCACUUGUGUCAGCUAAUUUAGCAGCACCAAGUUCAGGGAGGUUACUUUGGUGAUCCUGGCUGAUAAAUAUUCUCAGAAAUAUGUAUUGUCUUAUCAUGGAUCAACAGAAUAAGCCAGUUAAUUUCAAGAAUCUCUUUCCUAUAAAGGAUCUGCUAGAUAUGAAGAAAACUGCAGCAGAGUAUUAAUGCAACCCUUUGUUUUGCUGGAUGCUGUCGAGCUGAUUUUUCACAGCAACAUUCAUUGAGUUAAUUGUUCAAAUAUUUAAUUACACACUUUGCUGUUUUGUAUUGAGAGAAAAUGGUGCUCAGUGUGUUCUGAGAGCAAAACGUCUAAUGCUAGAAAAAAGGGAUUUGAAUGUUUUUAAUCAUGUGAAUGAAUGUAUGGUCUCAGUUAUGAUCCACAGUGGCAAAUUCUUUAAGGCAGUUCAUGUUUUAUUGCUUGGCAUAAUAGUGACUGUUCACAUUGCCAGGUGGAUCUGUAGGCCAAAGCACAUCAGAUUAUCAUGUGUCCUUUUGUACCUUGAAGUCUGUAUGUGAGGCAAAUAAAAUUUCCUGAGAUUAAUAUCAAGGCACAACUGGCAAACCCAGGUUUCUUUCAUGGUGCUACCAACCCAGCAGACCUAAGAUAACACUGUAUGACAUUCUCCUAAAAAACCACUGAGUGGCUUUCAAAUAAUCAGAUGAUAUUGGGGAAGUCAUUUAAAGACCACCUUCUUUUUAAUUAUUUAUGUAUAUGAAAAAAUACAUGUAUGGGAAAAUUUACCUUCUGAAAUAUAUUGAUAAUACAAUGCAGAAAAUUUCUGUCAAGAAGUAAUCCAGGAAAUAACUGCAACAUUUUCUGGAGUGUGGUGACAAUCCCUCUUUCCAGUGGACCCUAUGUUUGUUUUAAUUGUUUAUGUCUUCUAGAUUUUCUGUAUGUACUAUGCAUUUAUGAUAUGAAAAAGAUGUAGAAUUCUGUCUUGCGUAUAGUUGUUACAACAAAAGCCAAGAUUCAGAUAUACAUAUAUAUUCAUGGUGUAAGCCGAAAUGUGUUGUCAAAAUUGAAAGCAUGGUUAAAAUGUUGUGCUAGGUGACUAGUUUUCUGGUAUCCUUAUAAAUCCUGUAAUGCUAUUUACAUGGAAAAUGUUGGUGAUGUUUGCAGUUAAUUGAUGCAGCUAAGUAAAUAAUGAUGUAAAAUUACUCAGUCAACAUGCUAUUUCUGUUAAUGAUAAGUUUCUCAUGAGGUUUCCAUUGCAGAAUGUUCAGUCACCCACAAAAAUAGACAUUCCUCUAUCUUUUUUCAGACCAAUGUUACCUAUCUGUUGCAAAUUUUUGUCUUAUUUCUGUAGCCUCUGGCUUUCUUAGAUACCAAUAAAAUGUGCUUUAACUGAACUAUUGCUUUAAACAUCGAAGUAAUGCUUGAGUUUGUAAUGUUGGUUUCCUGUAACAGCACAGGGCUUCAUACUUUCAUAUAAAAUGAGGUGGUGCUGUUUUUCCAGAAUAAAAUAUACUAUCAUAAA